UUUAUCUGUUGACAAACAAAAAAACAGGGUAAACUGUAUUUAACUAUUUCCAUUUAAGGAUUCAAAUACAACAUCUAAACAUUCACAUCACUUUCAGUUAUUCAAAAAAGGAGCCGGAGAAACUAGACAACAAAAAGAAACUUGACAAAACAUUAUAGCAAAAAGGAAAAAGACAGGAAGGCUAGAUGCCGAUUAUGUUUGACCAGAAAAUGGUAAAGAAACGUUAUGUAGCAACAUUAAAUAAGACCCUAACAAUACAAUAAAUUAAAAGAGAGAGGAGAGUUUCGUUGGUCCAAGUCUGACAUUCUUCUACGUCCGACCUAGAAAACAUGUAUAAAUACCUCAUUUGGUUGAUCCCUAUGUUUCACCUGCAAACAUUUUGAGUACAACAUUGCACUAAAACGCAUAUAAACAGUCUUCACAAUAAUACAACACACACAUUAUCAAUUAUUCAUACAUAUUCGAGAUGGAUCAGUUUCUUGACGCGUUUCCAUUUUGGUACAUGUUCUUCAAUGUUUUCGUUGUAGUUCUUAGCCUUGUGUUCUUGAAGCUCUUUCUGCAUUGCUGGAUAUUGCCCGUUCGAGCUCAGAAGAAGCUUGGAGAAAACGGAUUUUCCGGUCCACCUCCUAGCUUUCCAUUAGGCAACCUUAAUGACAUGAAGAAGCUAAAACCGGCCUUGGUAAUGGUGGAGAACAGCAAAUCAUCCACCAAAAUCAACCAUGACAUACAUUCCAUCGCCCUUCCACAUUUCGCUCUUUGGCAACAACAAUACGGGAAAGUGUUUGUGUACUGGCUAGGCAUAGAGCCAUUCGUGUACGUGGCGGAUCCUGAAUUCUUGAGUGUUAUGUCGAAAGGUGUAUUGGGGAAGAGUUGGGGGAAGCCAAAUGUUUUCAAGAAAGACAGAGAGCCAAUGUUUGGUACCGGUUUGGUUAUGGUCGAAGGAGAUGACUGGACACGACAUCGCCACAUUAUCACUCCUGCAUUUUCCCAUGUCAAUCUGAAGGCUAUGAAAACUAUGAUGGUGGAAUCAACCACCAACAUGCUGGACCGAUGGGCCAUACAGAUAAACUCAGGCAACCCCGAAUUCGACAUGGAGAACGAGAUCAUAGGAACAGCCGGUGAGAUAAUUGCUAAGACAAGCUUCGGAGUCAAGGGAGAAAACGGAACUCAAGUCCUCAAAAACCUAAGGGCCAUGCAAUUUGCCCUUUUCAACUCGAAUCGCUACGUAGGGGUACCCUUUAGCAAUAUUUUGGCCUUCAAGCAAACCCUUAGAGCGAGGGAGCUAGGUAAAGAGAUCGAUGAUCUUCUUUUGUCGAUCAUAACCGAACGAAAGAGAUCUUUGGUCGAAGGAGAGGACCACCACGAUCUUCUCGGAAUGUUGCUUAAGGCCGAUAAAGGAAAGUUUACAGCGACGGAGCUUGUAGACGAAUGCAAAACGUUCUUCUUCGCUGGCCACGAGACGACUGCUUUAGCGCUUACGUGGACGCUCAUGCUUCUUGCGAUCCAUCCCGAAUGGCAGGAAACGAUCAGAGACGAGAUCAGACAAGUCAUCGGAGAUUCUGAGAUUGAGUAUAACAAACUUGCCGGACUAAAGAAGAUGAGUUGGGUAAUGAACGAGGUUCUCCGGCUAUAUCCACCGGCGCCAAACGCACAACGGCAAGCCCGAAAAAACAUUGAAGUGAACGGCCGCCUAAUUCCAAACGGUACAAACAUUUGGAUCGAUGUGGUGGCGAUGCACCACGACCCCAAGUUGUGGGGAGACGACGUCAACGAGUUUAAACCGGAGAGAUUUGACGGUGAUUUGCACGGUGGUUGUAAGAAUAAGAUGGGGUUUAUGCCGUUUGGCUUUGGAGGGAGAAUGUGUAUUGGUCGGAACUUAACCACCAUGGAGUACAAGAUCGUCUUGUCGUUGGUUUUGUCCCGGUUUGAAAUAUCGGUUUCACCCGGUUAUCACCAUUCACCAAAGUAUAUGCUCUCUCUCAGACCCAGUUAUGGUUUGCCUAUAGUCGUACGACCACUUUAAAAACCGUUUACACACAAAUUUUAUAGACUUUGUUUUAUCAUAUACACAUGUGUGUAUUGUUAUUAAUGUUUCGAGUAUCGAAAUUUUCUUUUCUGCUGAAUUUAUGUUUCGGUCGUUAUUUACAUGUAAUUUCAAUUCUCUAAAUGAAAUAAACUCCGAGUAUUAGAGCACUUCCAUCGGUAACAUAUACUCUCCAUGGUUUCGUAGACUACUUCCAUCGGUAACAUAUACUCUCCAUGGUUUCCUAGACUUUUUUCUAUUUAUAUUUUAGUAACAUUUUGUUAUGUAAAUGAAUUAAAAUUUAUUUAGAAAGGUUAAAGCAAUAAGAGAAACGACAUGUGGACAUAAUAGUAUAAAGUGGAGUUAGAGCAUCUCUAAUGGGGGUUCAAUCCAUUGAAGUUCUAAACAUUUAUAUGUGUAUGUAUAUAUUAUAUAAGUGUAUGUAAGUGUAAGACCAUUUUUUGGGAAAGAACUUCAUGCAAAGAUUCUAAAUAUCUGAUUUUUAGAACAUUUGCAUGAGGUUCUUCCCCAAAAAAUGGUCUUCACACUUACAUACACUUAUAUAAUAUAUACAUACACACGUAUAAAUGUUUAAAAUUCCAAUGGGUAGAACUCUCCAUUGGAGAUGCUCUAACAGAUCAGUUGCAGAAGACCGAUGCCUCUUUCUUUUAAUCUUUUUCUUUAAUAUUUAAAUUAUAGGAUACCCUCCACCUCACCAAUGGAGGUGCUCUUAAUACUUCUCUUUCCCUAAUUUUUGUUGUGUACUUUGACGAAUUCGGAUAAGUUAUUGUUGGAAAUAAAAGAUGGAUUCCAUCAGUCAAAGAGAACAUAAGAGCAUGAGCAGCAAUGAAAAACUAAUUUCAUUUCUCAAUAAAAAUAAAAUAAUAACAUUUAUAACUAUAUUUUUAUUUUUAUUAAACAAUUUUCAAAUAAUAAUGCCACAGUUGUAGAAAAGUUUUUUCUCUUUCUUGUGGAAGUUUCUUUGCAACCAAUCGAUUCUUAUGAUUUGUUAUUCUUUCUCCUUCUCUUUCAAUACUUUUUGUUAUUUUUAUCAUUAGAAACCUAUUGAGGAACUACUACUAAUGGUGCCAUAAGAACACCUCCAUUAGCAAGAUAAAGAUGAGGUCCUAUUAAAAGGAAAGAAAAGACUAAAGAAAGAGAGUGAUAUUGUAUCUCAACAUAAAUAUUAUUAGAAUCUCUUAAAAAAACUCAACAUACAAAUAUCAUAGUUUCAUUGGUUUAGUUUUAGAGAGGAAAAAAAAUUAUAUCUUCAACCCAAUAUUUACAAUGGGCCUCAUCAUGUUUAUAAGUGAGAAAAUCUUUUACAAAAUUUUGAGUGUGAUUGGAUAACAUUUCACUUUAGAGUAAAUAUUAUAGAGUAAAAGUAUUUUAUUCUGAAUCUGACUGGAAAUCACUUCCAGCGAGAAUUUUUUAGCGAGAAUUUUUUUACUCCAUGUCCAAACUUCUGCCAAUCAGGUAAAAUUAAUUUCCAUCUAUCUUACGCUCACCACUGUUUAAUUGGUGGUAUAUAAUACACUUUAUUAUCUCAAUGUUUCUGAAGUAGAAAAUAAUUACACCUGAUUUUAUUUUAUUUUCUUUUUGUUUAUUUUUUCUCAUAAUUACUCCACUUUUAUUCUCCUAAUUACUUUAAAAUCUACCAGUCACACCCUCUAUCUAUAGCCCAAUAUUUACCAAUCAGGAAAAAUUUAGUAGAAAAGUUUUUUAGCCAAAUACAGCAGAAAACAAUAAUCCAUCUGUUUUAAAAUAAUACAUAUUUUAAAAUUUUUACAUUUUUUAAUAAAACAUAUUAAAACUUAGUUAUAAAUGCAUAGUUUUUUGUAAGUUUAUAUUUUCUAUAUUUUUAAACCAAUAAGAUUUUUUUAAAAUAUAAUUAAUAUUUUUGAACUUUGUAAUUUUUCAUUAUUAGUUGACAAAAAUUGCAUUGAAAGUGCAAAAAAUGUAUUUUUUUAAAACAUAAUUUUUCUCUAGAACAUGCUUUUUUUCUGAAACAGAUGGAGUAGGUGUUAUCCUAUUUGUUUUAGUGAGAGUAACGCCAACACUCUGCAGCAGCAGCAACCGAAUCAAAGUACAAGUAAAAAUAUGUAAAUAAUCAUAUUUACUUCUCCAACAUAUAUUAUGCAUCUUCUUCUAUCUCUUCUUAUUUUUUUUGUUAUUAUUUAAUUUUUUUACUAAAUGUUUUCUAAUGUUUUCCUAAUUUUUUACAUAUUUUUGCCUAAUAUUUAUUUCUCUCUAAAUAGUAAUAAAAAUUAUACAAUCAAUGAACCAAAAAUCAUCUUAUAGUUCUUUUCAAUCAUAGCAUCACCUUAUUCACUUUAUUAUUUGAUUUAAAUGC